UUGUAAACCUUGUCGAGUCCGUUAAAACUGUCCAAAUACGCGCUGUUUACACCAGACUUAAUAUAUUCAUCGGCGCCAUCCAAUCAAAGCGCAGGCGCUGGAGCCGCGCCGCCAGCCGACUGCACGGAGCGCCGCGGCCGAGCGCUCUGAGCGGCGGGGGGCGCCUCUGCUCCGCACUGCUAAUGGCGGCGCGGCGGCAAGGACGCUCCGGGGACCGCGGUUCGAUUCCCGUCUCCGCUGCUCUGCGGGGAUCAGGAGCCUGGCGCAGCCCGACCCGUGGGAUCGAUUUUGGGGAGGGGAAAAAGGGGCGAUAUUUUGGAGGGUGCAGAGCCUGGGGCUGUGCGCAGGAAGGGGGCUGCUCAGCGGGAAGUUCUGCCUCCGCUGGGGAUGAGCUCUAAAGCAGGAUUUGCUGGCUAACUCAUCUAAUCUGCGCAGGGCUGAGCCGUCUUUCUGGGUAUCGCAAAGGUUUAAGUGAGAACACGAAUGUAGAGGGGGAUUUGCUAAUCAAAUCUUUCUCAGUCGGGGCAGGAUGGCAGUUUCCUAACCCAUUUCUGUUGAACCCGGGCUGACAAAUCUCUGAAUUGCAUCGGAGAGCUAAUGACAAGUGAAAAGAAAUGGAUGCUGUUUCCAGGGUGGUUUGUGUUUGUUUGUUUGCUAGUUUUUUUCUUUUUCCCCACCUUUUAAAGGUCUUUGCCUCCUGCAUUCCAAGGGAACAGUGCAGGCAAACAAAAAUCCUGGCUCAAGCCAGCCUCAGUGUCACCAGCAGCCGUGCCACCGAUGCCAUGUCCCAUGCCUGGGAACCAGGCACAAAUGUGGCUCCGUGGUCCUCUUUCCAUCAUUGCAACACAAUGUGCAUCUCCUUGCGUGCUGCACAGCCAUGUGCUGCCCCGAUGGCUCUUGUGGGGUCUCUGUCUCAGUGCCCUGCAGGGAUGGGCCACCUGGUGCUGCUACAGAGCAGCGGCUUUGCUGGUUGAGGCUGCAGAGCCAGGUGCUGUGCCCAAAGGUGUGCACGGUCUCCAGCUUCUGCAUUGCUUCAGCAUCGCUUCAUCAGAACCCAGGCUGCUCUCCCCUAUCAGACACCGACGAGUUUAUUAAGGGAUUAAAAGUUAGCCUCCGCUCCUUAUUGAAUGCUCUGAUUUAUGCGUGCAUUUAAAUCAAUCCCAUUUCCUGCAUUUUAUCCCUUCUCCCUCAGGCUUUCAGGCUCUGCUGGGUGAGACGUGUGCUAUAAUCACAUUGUUUUGAAGCAAGCGAGGCACCGUGGGUGGUUUAAGUGAUUUGAAUAAACGAGCUGCAUUACUUAGGCACCUCUCCCAGGUGCUAAUUGCUCCUCCUGAGCUGUAGGUGUCCACGCUUGGACAAGUUUGUGCUGCCUCCCAGUGAAAUAUUAAUGAGUAUGCUGGCUAAUGAAGAUGCUGGGAUGGAGAUGGGGCUGCCUGGGGGCUUUGGCUGGCAGCAGAGAUGCCCACUGGGCUGGGGUCUCACAUCAGCCCUGGGCUGCCCUGGGUGGGUGACUUCCAGGUGCUGGUAGGUGGUUGCUGGAUGCACCGCAUAAGCAGCUUAUUUUGUCAUUUUAAUUUUUUAAUCCCAUGCAUUCGGUUGCGCUCUCUUAUUAGUAAGCAUUAGCUCUCCUAGUCCCAUUAGCUCCACUCAGAGCUCAGGCUUUGCUCAUGGGGACACUGCUGGGGGAGCCAGUGGGGGUCUGGGGACGGAUCCUGUGGCUGGUGACGUCUGCAGGGUCCCACGUGGCUACGAGGCUGAUCCUGGCCCUGCAGAGCCCAGGGCUCUGUGCCAUCCUUGCUGCAUUCAUGGCCUCGACCCUCGCCUCGAGCAGCCCCAGCUGGGCUCCCCUAGGCUCAGCCCCAUUUGGCAUCUCACCGCUUUAAGAGAUAGAUGCAUAAAAUAUAUCCAAACCCACCCUGACUUCCAUCAGGUCUUCCCUUUAACCCCACAGCCAUCCCCGUGGCUGUGCCUUGUCAGAGAAUCCCAAGAUUUGGAUUUAAAAUGAGUUGACUGCUUCUUUUUAAUAAAAAUAUUCCUCCCCUCUUUAAAUAGAAUAUGUCACAGAGCCAGUGGGUCUGUUUGUGAAGAAGAGACAGCUCAGAGAGGAGAAAGAGGGAAAAAAAAGUAAAAACACACAUCUCCCCAAACCCCUUCUGCCUAAUCCAACUGAAUUAGAGGAUUUUGAAGUGGAUUUAAAACUAAAUCUUGAUUAGGGAGAAUUUCUCUCCAAGAGCUGCUGCACAGUAGUAUUAAUGGGAAGCGAUCGUGGACAGAGGAAAUAGGACAGAAAUAACCGAGGGUAGCACAGACGCACUCACGUCUGUGCACAAACUGAAAGAAUCAGAGAAUUUCUCGGGAGGAAAAGGGAGAAAUUAAGCAUCGACAUAACAGGACUCAGUGCCACGGGGCUGGAGAAGCAGGGAGCAGCCAGAUCUGCAGAUCUGCCUUUAUUCGGUGCAGGGCUUGCAGGUGUGGAAGCCAGGAGGACAGGCAGCCCGAGCCCCCAUGCUCUCAGGACACAUGCCUGGAGGUGCCCAUGGGAUCCUCUCUCUGAUGACCGUGGCGUUUGUCCUCCCAGAGGUGUCUGGGCUCCAGUGCUACGGCUGCAACAUCAUCGUUGGCACCAAGUACGUGGACAUGGGGUGCUCGAACCCAGAGGUGAUCACCUGCUCACACUCCCACCAGGGCUUCAAACACCGGUUCUGCAUUAAGACAGAAAGUGUGGUCCUGGGCAUCCUGCUGACCAGCGGCUGUGCCACUUCCCGUCACUGCCAGCAGCAAGAGCUGCCGGGGGUCCGCAUCCACUGCUGUGACACCGAUCUCUGCAACGGCUCUCCCCAGCCUCCCCCUAGCCUUGCCAAUGGCUGCCUCCUGCUGCCUGGCCUCCUGGCAGCCCUGCUUCUUUCCUGAGCUCCCUGAGGCUGGGGAGUGAUGUGUGACCCUUGGAGGGGAUGGGAAAGGGGAUGAACCUGUCCCUGCUUGCCCCUCUCCUCAAUAAAAGCCACCGAAUGCUU